GCUAAAUUCGGCAGAGUUUAGAGCAGCUUUUGUACAUAGCGCCCUCUAAAGUAUUCAGCAAGAAACGACUUAUGAUAAUUAUAUGGUCUUAUAAGGUCAACAUUGUGUUGCCAUCUUGUUCUACUGCCCCCAAGUGGCUAAAAAAAUUCAGAAGAUGCAGCUUUAAGUAAAUGAUCAACUAGUGAAUUUGCUGAAAGCUGUUAUAAAUUCCUCACAGAGGAAUUGAGCGGAGGAAAGGAAAUGCUGAGUCUGUUCCUGGGAUGUUUGAGGGAAAACAAACACGCGCACACAGACACACACACACACACACACACACACACACACACACACUGGAUUAAAGCUACUAGCCUGAACACUACACUGACCAAACCCACACUAAAGCAAACAGAGAGGAAAACUGUGUGAGAGAGUUUAAGUAGUAAAAGACAGUGUCUGAUAAGUAAUAAAGAGGGAAGAUUCUUUGCUUCUGUUUAGGAAAUAACUCCUGUUGGUUAGGAGCUUUCUUUAUGUAAGAGAAUGAGUCAAAUAUGGGCCUCUGCAGCCUGAUAUACUACACUACUGUCAACCCAUUUACUGAUUUGGAAAGAGGUUUAUUUGUUCAGUGAGUGAUUAUUAACCUGAAAACUGCAGAGUGAAUUUAAGAGGUUUUCAGUGUUGAAAUCUUUAAAAAAAAUGAAAGAACUGAACUUGAUAUAAAGUGUUAAUAUGCACAUAUACAGCCUAGAGUAACGCAUACAGAAUAAACAUUUAAGAACAGUAUAGGCCUGUCAGUGCAGUGAACAUCUCAGUCAAGCUAACCAGAGCAGUACAGGAAAUCAAGCAAAUGUAACUUCAAAAUAAAAGAGUAUUGUUGAUAUUAUAUGAUCAUCUGUAGUAAAUAAACUGAGGUCAAAUACAAAUAUUGAUACAUAAAAAUAAGUUAUAUUAUUCAUUUCUUCUGUUUUUGUAAUUAUAACAAAAAUAAGUCUAGACUGCCACCAACAUUAUUAAAAGAAUAUUCAGAAAUGAAAACAUUACAGUUGAUAAUUAUAAUAUAGUUUAUAAUUAUUGUUCCUGAGUUUAUUCAAAUAUGAAACUCAACAAUCUGUUCAAACUCCUUCUGAAAAAAGCUGUAAAUUGUUUUAUAAUAUCUAUAUAUCUUCAUAGAUAUCCCUCUUUAUUCUGACCGUAAUCCUAAUAGAUAAUUGAUCUGGAUAAAUCUAUAAAUCUAUAGAGGAGUUCGUCAUGUAGCAACACCCACAGGUCAACAACAACACAGCUAUUUUGAAAGAAUGAACCGGGGUUUGCUGCGGUGAGCUUGACACUCCUGUCUCCUCUGCUGGAAGAGAAGUUUUUGUAGCCACACCGCCGAAGAGGCAUGUGAUGUGAGCUGUUGACUGAUCAGCCUGUGCGGGGAAUGUCAGCCAGGUCGGACAGAGACAGCGGGAGCCGCGAGUACCGGAGACAGACCUCCACUGACGGCCAGCAGCACCAGGACAUGGCGGAGAAAACCAGCCGACACAGCAAAACGGCACGUGGUUUCUCCAGAGAUGCUGCAAGUCUGAGGAGAACUCUAUCAGCAUCUGAGGAGAACUUCCCAACAGCUCUGCCCGUGCUGCUGGAUGUGGUCAGGGGUCCUGAGCGUCUUCCUGCAGACGAGGAGUCACAGGAAAUGCUGAGAGGGAAGCUGCACAUUCUGCAGGCUGACAGCACCGAGGUCAACGCUCUAUUCAUGGAGUUGUCUGCUCAUCUUGUCUCCAUCAACAGUGAAGACAAAGUGAUUUUUGUGACUUUUAAAACAUUUGAGGAAAUAUUGAAGUUCACCACAUAUUAUACAACAGGUUUCCUGGGUCAGUGCAUGGAGAAUCUGUUGUUAGACGAAAAGUUCUGGCUCAGUUCUUUGGAGGAAGACAUUGCUAUAAAGGUUUCCAUUCAGGAGGACACACUCAAUCUUCUCUACAAAGGCAUCCUCAUGCAAGAAGGUUCACUGUUUGCUAGUUGUAUUGCCAACCAGAUGUUUGACAGCUCCACCUCUGGAGGAGACCUGUACCUGGAGCAGGGAGACAUAGCCCAGUUUGAGCCUCCCUUCCUGGGCUCAGGCUGGACCGUGUUGUGUCUGGCUGAUGCAGCCCGGGGCACUGCACCCAACCCUGCACUGGAGCCAGUUAUCCCUUUCCAUCAAUGGUUUCUCAAAUCUUGUGCAGAGAGCAUUUUAGUGGGUGAUGGGAAACCUGCCUGUGACUUCCCUCUGCAGUGUGCCAGGGGAACCUGUGUGGCCACUGCAGACUAUGAUGCCGAGGGUCCAGAUGAGAUGAGCAUGGCAGCCGGUGAUCGCAUCAUCAUUGUGGGACUUCUGGUGUCUUGUUUUGAUUGGUUCACAGGGAGGAAGGAGGUAACAGGAGAAGUGGGUCUGGUCCGGACAAACCUGGUGAAACCCUCUAGUAACACUUACAAUUCAGCAGAUAUUUUUUUGGAUGGAGAGGAAGGGACAUUCUUCUGUCUGCAAGAGAGCAAAGUCAUAGAGGAAACAACUGCCUUAUUGAAGAAGAAAUCACAAAAUGAUAUUGGUCAUAACUACAAACUAGAUAUCAUCAGUGACAAAGACUCUGAAAUGAAAGUAUCAAACAGUUCUUCAAGCAAACUUGAUACUCAUCAGUCUCACUUGAAAACUAAUAUCCAGAGGAUUCUCAAUCAAGAAAAAGACUCAUCCCCAGAUUCUGUUGCGACUAUGAAUGGGAUUCAAGAAGACUCAGCUCUGCCUGCUGAGGCCCAAAACCCAAACCCUCCCUGUUUCACUGUUCACCCAGUUGUAGAAGGAAACAACAAUACAGAGAACUUCACUCCCCUCUUCUCUUUUUUGGAAGGACAAGAUUACAAAGUGGAGUUUGGCACCGUGUACAGACAGAGCCCUGAACUCCUCACCUCCUCCACCUUCAGUGGUCACUCUGAAGAGGAUGAGCUGAUUGCCUUUCUUGGUGUUGCGAGGGAAACUGCCAGAAAGAAGCGACUCUUUUGGUCGCAGACUCGUUUGUGCUUCUUGUUGGGUAAGCUCUGUGCUGGGAGGUCAAAGUUUAGCCAGGCCCGGGUUUACUUUGAAGAAGCCCUCAGUGUUCCACGUGAAGGCUUCACAGACCUCAGGCUGCUGGCCAGCAUCUAUUCCAACCUGGUUGCCAUAUAUCUUCUGCAGAAAAAUACAGAAAGUUUCUUUGCUCUGACGGAGCGCCUUGUCGCCUUGUUAAUGGGAAUCCCAGGCUGUCUGGAAAGCAUAGAGGAUGAUCCUGUUCUCAAAUACAUGCUCAAGAAAGCUGUUCUGUCUCACAACAAAAUGGCAGAGGCCCAGGCUUGUUAUCUACUGGCGAAGCACCACUGGACUCAAGCUGAGUCAAGCCGAGUUGUUCCUUAUCUUGAGAGACUAGUUGUUCUUUGUGCUGAAGCGCACAGAACAUGGAACAUCUCCCCCAGCCAUGGAUACCUGACCCUGGGAAGGCUCUACAGCGAACUUUGCCUUCCUCACCUCUGUGUCAGUUCAGCCAGGAGAGCUUCUCUGCAGUCCUCCGCUACACUGACUGACUGCCUCAGCAGCAUGGUUCUAGCUCUGGACAAUGUUAACAGACUGUAUGGGAUCACAGAACAGGAAGCCUUCGUCCCGGCUCAAUUGGCUCCAUAUUUACACCAAGCACUCUCUUUUCCCAAGGUCCAAGCAAGAGGAAAUGACCAAUACCAUGUGUUGCGCUAUCAGCUUACUGUCUGUCUGUGCCAACUGUUUAACAAGCAGAGAAUGGCUGGACACGCUAUCCGACACAUGCAUACUCUUAUCAACAACAGUCCACCCUCACAGCGAAUCCCCACUUCUGUCCCAGAAAGAAACAGUGCCCUCAUCUGGCUGGCAUGGCUUCACAUUGACAACAACCAGCCAGAGGUUGCUCUGGAUAUCCUGGAUGUGGUCCUAGCUUCCAUGCCAGAACACUGCACAACCCCUCAAGAAGGUGUGGUCCUCAACAUGCGCGGCGUGGCCCUUCGAUGCAUGGGUGACCUCCGGAGGGCAGCAGAGAGCUACCAAGCUGCUGUUGACAUCUGCCAAGAGCAUGAGGACCAGCCAAACUGGGCUGUAGCUCAGGCUAACCUAGGGCUGCUGUGUCUGAAAGCUGGAGCUAAAGAACUAGCACAGAGACACCUGACUGAGGCUGUGCAGCUCUUCUCUGAGCUGGAUGAAGAAGGCCAUGAGGUAAACUUCAUCACAGUGCUUCUGGAGCUGGGACAGCACUAUGUAAAGCAGCAGCAGCUGGACUAUGGGAAAGGAUGCUACGAGUGGGCUCUGCUGCUGGCUAUCAAUGCCAAUGUUUUAGAAUGCCAGCUCACUGCAACCAGACAUCUGUGCCAUCUGUAUGGGUGUGAGAGUCCAGACCAGGCCCAGUGUAUCAUCUACAGUCAGCACCAGGUCCAGCUGCUCAGACGCACAGGAGACAGAGGACAGGAGGGGGACGCACUGGAAGCUAUUAGCCAGCUCUACCUCACUCUGGGCACAGACAGGGCACACAGGGCAGCUCUCGACUACACCAAGAGCAGCCUGGGUAUUUUCAUUGACCUGGGCUGCAAGGAGAAAGAGGCGUACGGCUGGCUGCAUGCUGGGAAGAUCUACCUCCUGCUGGGCCAGACUGAACUGGUGGAUCUUUAUGUACAGGUAGCUCAGGAUGUCGCUCUGAGCACAGGAGACACCAGGUUCAUCCUGAAGCUUCUGGAAGCUGCAGGAGACAUUUUCUUCAACAGCUGCCAAGACAGGGACAAGGCUAUCACCUUCUACAGGGACCGUGCUCUGCCCAUCGCAGUGAAGAGCAGCAGUGUUAAUACCAGGCUGAGGUUGUGUAAUAAGUUGACUGAACUGAUGCUCAGUCUGAAACUCUAUGGGGAAGCUGUGGAAUUUGCUCAGACUGCACUGGACAUCAGCAUCACUCUGGGUGAGAGUCUGAAUGAGCGAGUGGCCUACCACCGUCUGGCCUCUCUGUACCACUGUCUGGAGCAGUAUGAACUGGCUGAACACUAUUACCUGAAGACCCUGACACUCUGUCCAACACCUCUGCAGUUUGAUGAGGAAACACUGUACUAUGUCAGGGUGUAUCAGACACUGGGGGACAUCAUUUUCUAUGAUCUGAAGGACCCAUUCGAUGCUGCAGGCUAUUACCACCUGGCACUUGCUGCAGCCAUUGAUCUGGGCAACAAGAAGUCUCAGAUGCAGCUGUGCACCCGCCUUGCCACCAUCUACCACAACUUCCUCAUAGACCGGGAGCUCUCUCUCUUCUUUUACCAGAGGGCAAGAGCAUUCGCUGCAGAGCUGAACGUGAGGAGGAUUAAUAUCUCACCGGAUCAGCUAUAUGGUAGCACCUCACAUUGCAAGACCACAGGACAAUAGGAAAGACAGAAACACAUUUGGAAGACUUUUUCAAGCCUUUGUUUCACGGGAAAAUCUUAACCUUUGCUAGAUACAUGAAAAAGACAAACUUCAGCAGAUGGCUGGACAAAUGUUCUUUUUUGGUACAGAAAAAUUAUGCAUCAUGAGAACCACUUCAUUAAUAUUAAAUCACAGAUUCAACUGAUCACAAAGGAAAUUUUUAAGACCUUACUGGGAACAAUGAUGAAGGUCUGGGUUUUAAAAUUGUAUGCUUGCACAUGAAAAAGUCAAACUUUUAGAUAAUAAGAGUGUGUUGUCACCUUUUAAAAUGGGAUCCUAAAAGUGAUGAAGUAGAUGUAUACAAUUUUUUCACUUUCUAUUUUAUUUCUUUUUAAAAACAACAAAACAGAACAUGUCAGGGAUGCAACAUUAAUCAAAUUAGGUAGACACAUUUCUUAGCAUACACUGCUAUCCUACCAUGUGCACAUAUGUACUAAAUAGACAAAACUAGCCAUUAACCCGCUUAAAUAUCCCAAACAAAAUUUAACCUUAAAGAAGACAGAAACAAGGGGGAAAUGCCAGAAUACAUUUACAAUGGUAAGAUCAAUCUAGUUCAAUAAAGAUUACCGCUGGCCACUCACA